AUGAAAAAAAAAUUAAAAUAUCUGUAUGAUGAAAUGAUGGAACUACGCAGAACUUCAUGGGCUAAAAAAUCACUUUUAAUAGCAAGUUUCGUCCUGAUCCUGCUCUGGAUUAUUUUCAACGAUACAUUUUGUGCCUUCGGCGGUUUGUCACGCAAAAUAGUCCUCAACAGAAUAAGACUCGCCACACAUAUUCACAUAGAAAGAGCGUCUGCUCUCAGAGAAGUCAAAGUCGAAGAAAUUCCCCUGGAUAAUUUUUUACACUUACAAGCCAAUACUACCAAGGUCCAGGUAGUCUCGUUGCUGGCUAACAACGCGAGCUUGAAGGACAACACCGUGGAUGUGUCGCCGAAGUACAAAAUUCUGAGACAGCAAGGCUUAAUACCCAGCAGACAGCUUCCCAGUGCGCUGAUAAUUGGGGUUAAAAAAGGCGGCACUAGAGCGCUUUUGGAGUUUUUGAGGCUUCAUCCGGAUAUUAGAGCUGCUGGCUCUGAAAUACAUUUUUUUGAUCAUCACUAUUCUAAAGGAUUCCAUUGGUAUAGACAUCGCAUGCCACCAACCCUAGAAGGCCAAUUAACGAUGGAGAAAACACCGUCAUACUUUGUGACUCCCGAAGUACCAAGAAGAGUCCAGCAUAUGAACCCAGGUACAAAGCUGAUAGUAGUGGUGCGUGAUCCAGUAACACGUGCUGUGUCAGACUACACUCAAGUUAAAAGUAAACGUCCAGAAUUGCCUAAGUUUGAAGAACGUGCCUUCGUAAACGGGUCAAACAUCGUCGACACUAACUGGGCACCCUUGAGAAUAGGAGUUUAUGCACGGUAUUUGGAGCGGUGGCUUCAGUACUUUCCAUUGUCUCAAUUGCUAUUUGUGUCUGGCGAGCGUUUGAUUGCUGACCCGGUCAUUGAAAUAACAAGAGUUCAGGACUUUCUUGGACUCAAGCGUGUAAUAUCGGAAAAGCACUUUUAUUUUAAUGCUACCAAAGGCUUUCCAUGUUUAAUGAAGUCUGAACAGAAAGCUAUUCCUCACUGUCUUGGUAAAACUAAAGGACGUAGUCAUCCGUACAUCGAUCCUAUGGCAAUUCAACGGCUAAAAAAUUUCUAUCGACCAUUCAACCAACGUUUUUAUCAAUUGACUCGCAUGGAUUUUGGUUGGUCAUAA